AUGGUUGAUGUUUUCCGCCUGAUCUCUGACCUCAUCACUCCCUGCAGCACGCAGCAGCACAGCAGAGAUUUGUGGAGCAAUAUAUUGGACAUGCCGCGAAGAGCAUCCAGUAAGAAGGCAUCAGAGAGUGGGAAGGAGGCGAGUGGCAGCACAGCUCCUGCUUCCUCCUCCGAGGGGAUCCUGUGGUGUCACUGUUAUCACCACUGCCCUGAAGACUCAGCCAAUAACACAUGCAGGACCGAUGGCUGCUGUUUCACCAUGGUGCAGGAGGAGGGCGGGGCAUUGGUCGAGAAAGCAGGAUGUCUUGCGCUGAGCGGAUCAGAAUUUCAGUGUCGGAACACGGGGAACCCACUUCAAAGGAGAUCAGUGGAGUGCUGUUCAGACGAAGAUUACUGCAAUAAAAACUUGCAUCCUACACUGCCACCACUUAAACCACCUCGUAA